GGAAAUGAUAAAAAAAUUUGAAUGAUAAAAAAAUUAGAACGGAUCAAGGUAAUCUUGGCGCCUCCACUUCUUCGUCGAUCCAUUCGUGUUAAUGGAACUCAGUUUGGUGCAUUCGUCGAGAGUGGAAGCACAUCGAUGUGUGUAUCUCGUGAGCUGAAAUGGUGCCGUUACUUCCUUUACUUGUCUGCAGCCUCUUUGGGCUAGUAGCGGUAGUGCCCAUCAAGUACUACCACUCCAAGUACGACCAUGUCGAUGUCGAAAUGAUCCUUAACAACCGCAGGAUGGUCAAAUACUAUGCUGCGUGCAUUUUGAAUGAAGGGCCUUGCCCUCCUGAAGGAGUGGAAUUCAAAAGAAUUCUACCAGAAGCACUACGAACCAACUGUCAACGAUGUACUGAGAAGCAGAAGUUCGGCACACUUCGAAGCAUAAAACGACUAAAAAAGGAGUACCCAAAAAUAUGGGCUCAACUUCAAAAUGAAUGGGAUCCAGAUGGUACAUACAUCACCAAAUUUGAGAACUCAUUUGCCUCCAGCAACUUGGGACCAGUACCUGUCAUUCCUGAAUUAGUGAUCAAUAACAGAUUUGGUGCAGAAGAUAUUGAUGGAAACACUGUUGGAUCAAGCAGUCCCACGACGAGUACAUUCAGUUCAACAACCACUAUCAAGCAAACUACUCACACUAGCACAACUGAACCUUACACAAUGUCAAAGACUUUUACCACCAGGAAAAUCACCUCGACAACUCGAAAAAUCAUCAAACAACCCAUCGCAUCAACAGAAUCAACGCAAAUCAUAGCUAAUAAGCCCAUAGUCAUCAGCACCAAUUCUAAUACAUUAUUUUCUCCGGUUCCAGUGUCAUACGGGCCUUUAGCUAAUAUUGGGGCUGGUAUUCAAGCUACGGUAAGUCUAGGUACUAACAUUGUUGGAGAAUUAGUGAGGGGCUUUGGAGCUCUAGGAAAUAGAGUGGUAGAAACAGGGGCUGAGAUAGCUGGUGUAGUGCUUAAAAAUAUUGCACGGCCACUCUAA